AAACAGUACUGUUUUCGGUAUCUAGUCAUACCGCCUUAUGACAGGUUCUUCUUUGCGAAGGUAGAAUAAUUGUUGGAAGAAGAAAUAGAAGUUCUAUCGACACUUCACGUAAACAUCUCGCACGUUGUGGAAGAUGUCACUUCGACCAAGACGUGUAGAUUUUGACACUACCUGGUCAACACUGCUGGAGACAGUGAAAGGAGUAAUAACAUGUGGAAGUGUUGCCAGAUCAACUUGGAAUGACAGAUUCUCAGAUGUGUAUGCCCUUUGUGUAGCCUGCCCGGAGCCUCUGGGAGAUCGUCUCUACCAGGAAACCAAGGCAUUCUUGGAAAAGCAUGUGGACACUUUACACAAGAGAGUUGUUGAUUGCAAUGAAGAGAAUCUACUGACAGCUUACCAGAAGCACUGGGAGCAAUACAGCAAGGGAUCUGCCUACCUUAACCAGCUAUAUGGGUAUCUUAAUUCCACAUUUAUCAAGAAGCAGAAGUACAGCGAUGCUGACAUUAACUAUGGAGGCUAUGCCAUUGAGCUCACAGACCAAAUGAUGGAAGUUGGAGAGCUGGCGCUGGAUACGUGGAAGAAGUUCAUGAUAGAGCCCCUCAAGGAUCAGACGAUCUCACUCAUCCUGUCUGACGUGCACAAAGACCGUAACAACAGUUGCGUGAAUCAGACAGUGCUCCAUGGCGUUAUCAACUCGUUUGUGGAGGUUGAGGAGUACAAGAAGAAGCACUCCCUUCAGUUGUACGAGGAGGUGUUUGAGCAGCAGUUCAUCAGCCAGACCGGGGCAUUCUACAGACACGAGGCCGCCAAACUCAAGGAUGAGUGCACCUGCUCCGAAUAUAUGGACAAAGUGAUAAAGAAGCUCCAAGAAGAGGAUUUCCGAAGUCGCAAGUUUCUGCACCCGAGCUCCUACAACAAGGUGACCCACGAGUGCCAGGAGAGAAUGGUGGGCGACCACUUGUUUUUCCUGCACGGGGAAUGUCACGAUAUGGUGAAGACAGAGCUGCUGCAAGAUUUGGAGAACAUGUACACGCUUUUGAAGCCAAUACACAAUGGACUGCAACACUUGGUGUCGGAAGUGGAGAGUCAUAUCAAGGCAAUGGGACUGGAUGCUGUGAAACGACUUAAGGGAGAUAAUGUUCCCAACCAGUUUGUAGAGGGUAUGCUGCAAGUACACAGUAAAUACACAGAGUUGAUACGGAGAGUGUUCAAGAAUGACCAGCUCUUUGUUGGCGCUUUAGAUAAGGCCUGUGCCACUGCCAUAAAUUACAAAAGCAAUCAAAAAAUGCCUUGCCGAUCACCAGAACUUCUGGCGAAAUACUGUGAUAACCUUCUGAAGAAAAGUUCCAAGGGUACUUCAGAGUCGGAACUAGAUGAGAAACUGGCCAGCUGUAUCACUGUGUUCAAGUACCUGGAUGACAAAGAUGUCUAUCAGAGGCACUAUUCCCGACUGCUGGCUAAGAGACUGAUACAUGGACAGACGGCCUCUAUGGAUGCAGAGGAGCUGAUGAUCAACAAACUGAAGCAAGCCUGUGGGUACGAGUUCACCAACAAGCUCCACAGGAUGUUCACAGACAUGAGCGUGAGCAGUGGACUGCAGGAUGAGUUCCAUACGGCGCUAAAGAAGGCCAACACGGAUCUCGGGCUCAACUUCUCCAUCCUUGUACUGCAGGCAGGAGCAUGGCCUCUGGGUCAGAGCAACCUUCCAACAUUCGCAAUACCUCAGGAACUAGAGCUCAGUGUAAAAGAGUUUGAUCAAUUUUAUAAUCGCAAGUAUAAUGGUCGCAAAUUAACCUGGAUGCACGGAUUAUGUACAGCCGAGCUAAAAUUGAAUUACCUUAAGAAGACCUACCUAGUGACAAUGGGCAGUUUUCAAAUGGCGGUGCUGCUGUUGUUCAACUCGUCUCUGAGACUGUCUCACUCGGAGAUCAGGGACCACACCCAUCUGGGGGACAAGGAGCUGGUCAAACAGCUGCAGUCAUUGGUGGAGGCAAAACUGCUCAACACAGAGGGUGAUCCCAGUGAACAGUCCACAUUUGAGCUGAAUAUGAGCUAUGUCAACAAGAGAACAAAGUUCAAGAUCACAGCUGCUGUACAGAAGGAGUCUGUGCAGGAGAUGGAGCAGACGAGGAGUGCGGUGGAUGAGGACAGGAAGAUGUACAUCCAGGCAGCCAUUGUGAGGAUCAUGAAGGCGCGCAAGCUACUCAAACACAACCUUCUCAUUCAGGAGGUUAUAAGUCAAGCUAAAUCCAGAUUUGGACCCAACAUAGCAAUGAUAAAGAAGUGCAUUGAAGCCCUUAUAGACAAACAGUACCUUGAACGGACUCAAAACUCAACAGACGAGUACAGCUAUGUAGCGUAACAAUGCAGCUGGGAUUUUAGGCGAUACGUUUAACACUUACCCUCAGUGUUUGUAAACUAAGUUCUGUUUCUGGCCGGUAAUCAGCAACCCAUUUUAGACUUAAGAAUAAAUAAUCAUCUUUGACUCAUUAAAAAUACAUCCGAGUUUGCAUAUAUACUGGCUAAAAAUGGUGCUUUUAUCAAUGACAGAUUGUUCUUAACAGACAAUUUAUAUAAUUAUAGGUGUUAUCAGCCAUGCUAGACUUGACUUUAAAGUAAUUUUAGUUCAUGGCAGUUUUAAGCAUAGUAUUUAUCUUGAGACUAAGUUCUACAAAUUGGUGAGUACGGGCUCAGGUACAUUAAAAAUGUGCAACUGAUUCAGAUUGGUUUGCCUUGCCUUCCCUCUGUGAUAUGAAUUUCAUGCAACAAAUAGCUGUUCAAUAGAAACAUAAUUAUAUAAGCCUUACUAUUGAAUAAAAGUAAAACAUGGCAAUAAGUCAUGUCGGAUAUCAUAUUGCCAAAGAUUUGCACAUAAAUACACAUGUAUUGAGAUCUAUAGCUUGCAGAGAGAGGACGUGCAAUAUCAACUGCAAACUGUCUUGUCUUGGUAAAGACAGUGUAGCAAUACUAUAUGCUUGUUUUUGCCUGAUGAAUACAGCAGCAUUUUGGGAAAACCUGGGUUAAUGCAUGUGUGUAAAGUGUAGUCCAAGAUUAGCCUGUUAGGUCUGCACAGGCUUAUCAGGGACAACAAUUUCUGCCUACAUUGCAUUGUAUUUUAGAAGAGACCUCCUUUAACCCUUUGCAUGCUGGGAAAUUUGUCGUCUGCUAAAAUGUUGUUUGCAGAAUUUCUAAAAUUAGCAUUUUCUUCGAUUUUUUUUCCAAAAAAUACUAUCACAAUAGCAAACAGUUUGGAUCCUGAUGAGACGCCACGUUCUGUGGCAUCUCAUCUGGAUCCAAACUGUUUGCAAAGGCCUUCUAAAUUCGGUUCCCGCACUGAAAGGGUUAAACAAAAUCUGGGACGACACUCUGUGCACAUGCAUUAAGUCCAGUUUUUUAGAACGCUGUUUAAAAGAGGAUAUUCCUCUUAUGAUGUCAAACUUAAAUGACCGACAGUUCCACUCCAGACCUUCAAUGAUUCUUGCUAUAUUCACCCAUAAUUCUUACCUUUGUUUCUGAAAUUUCUGACAUUGUGUAUGUUAUGAUUUUAAGAUCAAUGUUUAAAAUUAAUCCCUAUAAAAUGGAUCAUGCUAUCAAAUUAUGGUUUGUUAAAAUAAAUCAUGCAUACUACCGGUAUUUGAGUUUUGGAAAUUGUAUUUUAAGUUCUUACACAAAAAACGUACAUUUUCAUGCUCACAUUGGAAGCAUAAAGCCUUGCAAGUACAUGUACAUUCAUAAGCUGGUGUCUCGAAUUCCUCUAUAUUACUGGGUGGAUCGAACUCAAACUUUCAGUUGGAUGAUCAUAAUUAUGCCCCCAAUUUGAAGAAGAGGGGCAAUAAUGUUUUGCUGGAUGUUGGUCAGUCAGUCGGUAGACCAGUUCAUGUCCCACCAAUAACUUGUCAAGGAAUUAAUCGUUUGGCUUGAUACUCCACAUGUGCAUCGGCCUUGGACAGUUGAUGACCCCUAUUUAAAUUGGGAUCAAAAGGUCAAAGUCACUGUCACAAUAAGUGUGAAAAUGGUUUCCGAUCAAUAACUUAUCAGCAAAUUGACCAAUUGGCUUGAUACUUCCCAUGUGCAUAAACCUUGGACUGUAGAUAACACCUAUUAAAAUUGUGGUCACUAGGUAAAGGGUUAAGGUCACAAUUAGUGUGAAAAUCGUUUCCGAUCAAUAACUCAUCAACAAAUUGACUGAUUGGCUUGAUACUUCCCAUGUGCAUAAGCCUUGGACAGUAGAUUACCUCUAUUGAACUUGGGGUCAUUAGGUCAAAGGUCAAGGUCACUGUGACAUAAAGCCUUAAAUUGAUUUCCAUUCGAUAUGUCAUCAAAGGAUUGAGUGAUUAUCAAGGCCCUAUUUUGAGGGGCAUCUGUCUCUGACAGCGGAGCUCUUGAGUAUAAUUUAUUUGUAAAGACAAGAAUUUGUUGUUUUUUGGCAGAAUUGUGACCCUUUGUGUGUUUUUUCCAUUACCUGUGUAUAACAUAUUAUUGUCUGAAGCUUAUGUUUUCAACUCCUCAUUUACUCAUUGUUAGAUCUGUUACAGUUUAAAAGCCUUAAUUUGUAGAUUAUCGUAAAGAAUGGAAGUUUGUUUCAAAUGUUUUGUUUUGCAAAAUGAUGGCCUUUUGUAAAAAAAAUUCAUAGUGACUAUAGAAUAUAUAGUCCCCAAUGUUGUACACUGCCAAUAAUGUGUUAAAAAAAUAUCCCAAGGAGGGAAACUGGCUUACCAGGGAAACUAUAUAUGAAUUAUUUCUUUCAUUAGAAUCCUCUUGUGAUAUCAAUUGCAUUGUGUAUUUUGCUAUAUUGUACUUGUCAAAAGAAAUAAAUAUGUUUAAACAAAUGUUGUGUAUUUAACUAUUCUUUAAGUACUGGGUCUAUCUCGUUGAAAUGUUCACAGUUGAUCGACCUUAAUUUGUAAGCUAUUUAAUAAAGAAAUUUUGUUGAAAAAGAGUUUUGCCAUAAGACCGGUUCUUUGUCUGAUUUUUCACUAUAGAAUAAAAAGUCACACAGUUUUGUUUUUUAGCUCCUCUUUAACUACUGGUUGAAUCAUCCUCAAACUUUUACAAUGGAAUGAACUCGUUGUAUAGAUGAUUAUAAAGAAAGGAUCAGUGACUGCGACCAGAUUUUGCUGUAUUAAGGCUCUUUGUCUUUUUGUAAUAUGUAGAAUAUUAAGUGGAUAUAUCUAAGUCCGAACAUGUUUUAUGGGGAAAUCAGUGUCUGUAACACAUGUCUUGUUGUGUAUAAUUUUUGUAUUAAUUAUAAUUAUGCCACACAGAGGUAAAUUGUUAGUGCACCAACUGAUAUGGCUCCAAUGUGCUGAUUGUCAUGUAUAUAUACUUGUUGCGUAUGUUAAAUUGUCAUGACAUGAAAAUGCAUAUUGAAUUAAAAAGAUGUGAGAAAAUCUA